GCAGAAUACUAGUGUGCUGGCCAACCUGUUCACACUCACUUCUGUAUCCCUUAUCCCCCUCUUUCUCUAUAGCCUAUUUGCAUGUGAGGCCAGCAACAAAUUAAUUUCCUCAUGAUUUGAGAAGAGAGAGACACCUGAAUCAUGACAAUGAGUUUCUUUGGAAAAUUAAAGAACCUACACAGUGGGCCUCCAACUCCACCCAAAAGGAUAGAGAACAAUGCUGGGUAUGGUGGGUGGCCAGAAGAUGAGUUUGAUGAAGAGGAUGGGGACACAUAUGAGGUGCCCCCCUGUGAGAGACCCGCCAUGAAGGUUCCUUCCAGACAUGUGGAGGAGAAUGUCUAUUUGGAGAGGACGUCAGAGCGGUCCACUCCUGUUCUGCCCAAAAGGCAGGCAGCUGCACCCCCAAGGCCAGCCAAGAUGGCGCCCAUGGGCAAAGCAUUGAAACAGCAGCCUCACCCUGAGGAGUUCUACAUUGACCCCAACACCAAGAAACCGCCUGAGGUAGAUAGGAAGGAGAAGCCAGGGAAGAGGUCUACUCCUAAGAAGUUUGCCUCUCCCCCACCACCUGCAGAGGAAGAUGUCUACCUGGAUCCUAAUGAAGGACAGGAAGACAGUGAUGACCUGUAUCUAGAGCCCACAGCGGCGAUGAGAGUGGAGAAGACACUGGUAACUAUGGAAGUAUCGUCAUGUAAAGCUUGCCCCCCUGCUCCUCGUGGGCCCAUGAGGAUGCCCCUCCCACCCAAGACAGCAGCCACCCCUCCCCCCACGCCCAUAAAACCUCCAGUGCCCAGAGCCAAGUCUAGUUCUCUAUUGGUCAAUGAGGCAAAGACAGCUCCUCCCCCUGAUAUCAGGCGCUCCAUGUUCCCUGGCAAACUGCCCCCACCCACCCUGGGCAUCAAACCCCCCCUCCCUGCAUCACUAAAGGAACCCAAACCAAGCCCUCCUCCCCCUCCUAUUGUACACUCUACUGCAGCAGUUUCUCCCCCUGGUAUGAAGACGACCAUGCAGGAGAAAGAGUGGUUCGCUGGAAACUGCGAUAGAAAGACUGCCGAGGACUUCUUACUGCAGAUCAACAAGGACGGGGCAUUCCUGAUACGUCACAGUUCAGCCCAGAAUGCCCGUCAGCCCUACACACUGGCUGUCCUAUACAGAAAGAAGGUCUAUAACAUCCCCAUCCGCUUUCUGGAGGAGACGCGCGGCUACGCCCUCGGAAAGGAGGGCAAGAAGAACGAGGAGUUUUUCUGUAGUCUCCAGGACAUCAUCUCUCACCACAAGAAUAACCAACUGCUGCUGAUCGAUAGCAAGAGUCAGGCCAAGCACACCACACAUCUCACUCACCCAGCUUGUCCAUAAACUACAUUACCCAUACCCCCCCGCCCGCCCACCCAGCCUGACUGUAAACUACACUACCCUUAACCCACAAAAUGUAUCUAUACCAGCCUGUCCAUAAAGUAUAUUAAAUGCUACCAUUAAUAACUAAAUGCAUUUUACAAACGUGGAAAUACUACCUUUCAAUAGUCGUAUUCCUCACCCACAACAUGUCCAUUACAACUCUCUUUUUGUUUCGUGAUGAAAAUGGUUGGACGUGUAUUACAGUAUAUGUGUACUGUAUAUGUUUGAAUGUUUUAAAAUAUGCUGCAAUUAUGCCUGUAUGACCUUAUCAACACUUUUUUUUGGGGGGGGGGGGUGAUUUGAAUAGGCUUGCACCUGAAUAGAAUAGUGAGUAGACUAUGAAAAUUAAUAUUCAAUACUUCAUUCUUGCUCUGACUCCAUUUUAUGCCGUUUUGUUUCAGUGAUGUUGGAUUCACUUUUGGGUCUACACCUGUGUUGUGAAUACUGUAUAAGUGUUGGUCAUCUGUAUGUUUCUAUGUAUUAUAAUAAUAAUAUAGACUGAACUGUUUUCACA